UGAUAGUAUGGGGAAGCGCAGCAGAAAAAAAAUAUUGACAGAGGAAUAGUCGAAAUAAAAUCGGGUACGGAAGAAAGGGAAGUGAAAAUACCACAUAUUUAUCAUUUAAUAACAAAAUGCCUUCAGAAAAUGUUCAUGUGAAAGUUAUUGCAAGAUGUAGACCUCUCACACCAAAUGAAACUUCUAAGGGAAGUAAAUCUGUGGUGAAAAUAUCAGGUGACAAAGUUAUUGUGGAUGCUGCUGGAAAGGAAACUACUUUUUCAUUUGAUGGAGCCUACUCUCCUGACAAUACCAAUAGUCAGAUUUACCAUGAGAAAUGUGAACCACUGGUACAUCGAGCGAUGGAGGGAUACAAUCUCUCCAUCCUUGCUUUUGGAGCUACUUCUUCUGGAAAGAGUUACCUCAUGAAUGGAAGUGAGAGUGAUCCUGGAAUUGUUCCUCUGCUGAAUCAGAGCUUGUUUAAGCAAAUUGGAGAGCGCACGACCAAGAAAGAGUUUCUACUCACAGUGUCCUACUUGGAGAUUCUUGAUGAAAAGAUGACAGAUCUGCUGAAUCCACACACUAACCCGAUGCAGAUUCGACAGCAUCCUCACAAGGGCAUAUACGUUGAUGGUCUGUCGGAGAUGAUUGUCCGCACCUGGGAUGAUCUCACGCUGCUGUAUGAUCAGGGAUCGAGAGCUCGGAAGAUCGGAGCGACUGAUAUCAGAGCCCAUAGAGCUAGGGCUCACUCUGUGUUCUCAAUCAACAUUGAACAGAAGGAGAGACAGUCCAGUAAAGUUGGUGUCAGAUCAACUAUCUGCCUGGUGGAUCUUGCAGGAACUGAUACUGGAGGAAGUACUGAGCCUGAUGUUAUUGCCGGAACUCAGGGUCUGCUUCAUGUCCUCAGUGCUUUGGGGGACUCCAAGAAGAAAGGAAGCCACGUUCCGUAUCGAGAGUCAAAGCUCACACGAUUGCUUCAGGAUUCCUUGGGAGGAAAUGCUCUCUGUCUCUUCUUUGCUUUAGUUUCUCCAGUUGACAAGUCAUACCAAGAAACCUUGUCUACUCUGCAGUAUGCAACAUUUGCCAGAACCAUUAAGAACCAUGUGAAAAUGAAUAUGGAUGAAAUAAAUGAUGUGAUAGCAGAGCUGAGGGUGGAGAUCUCAAAGUUACGAGACAAGAUAGCUGCUGCCGCAGAACCCAGCAGAGAUGAUGUUGAUAAAAUGGAGGGACUUGUCCAGGAUCUUCAGAUUGCCAAGCGACAGACAUGGGCCGAGAAGGAGAGGCUGUCAGCGAGAUAUGAAGAAGAAAGGAAGAUAAAUCUUGCUAACAAGGGAAUAUUGGAGUGGGUGAUUGACAGCAUGCAGCAAGGAAACAGAGAGUUGCAAGAGAAGAUGAUCAUGUUUCAGAAAGAAAAAGAUCAGCUGACGUUACAGUACAAAGAGAAGCGACGUGUUGUGGAUGAAAUGAAGGACGAUUUACAGAAGCGGAUUGCAGAAUAUGCCAAACUCACAGAGAAAGGAAAAGUAUCCGAGUCGGAUACGAAAAUGAAAGUGAAUGCCAUCCAUGACUUGAAAGAAAAACUGAAACGAGAAUCAGAAGCUUUGAAACAGCUGAAACAACAGCUAAAAGAUGUCCAGGACAAACAAAAGAAUGAAAGAGAGAAUGCAAAAUCUCAAAUGACAGCCCUGAAAGGUAAUGCUGAUCUCAGACAGAAAGUUGAGAGGGAAGAGCGUCAGAGGAUGGAGGCUGAACACAAGUUUCUGGUUAAUGAGGAGCUGGAGAAAGUCAAACUGGAUGUGGAGAAUGAAAAGGCAGACAUUCAGCUGCAAGCUGCAGAAGGAAAGCCAUACACAACACAAGAAGGUGCUGCUUUGGAAAUGGAGCUUGCAGAAUUACGUUCAGAAAAGUCUGUUGUAACACUUAAGCUGCAGUGUCUCCAGAAAGAGAAGGAACAUGUGACUCAACAACUUGAGGACGUCUACAAACUUCACCGCGAGGAGAUUGAGCUUCAGCAACUACAGCACUUCCAGACGUUCCGAAACUACCGUGAGAUGUUUGAGGAACAGAAAGCCGCAAUUGAACAGAGAUAUCGAGCUCUGCUGGAUGACUCUAUCCAAGAUGCUGUUUUCUUAUCCACCAGAAAUAACGAACUUGUACAAGAGAACCAGACUUUGAGCCAGAAAAUUGCUGAAAUGAAGGAUGUGAUCACCAAACUUGGAGGACGGAUUCCAUCUUAAUUAUCUGCUAUAUUCCGUCUUUACCAGUCUUCAGUUGUGAUAUCAUCAUGAGUUACAUUACAAAAACUGAUUGUAGCCACUUUUUCUAAGAGGCAGAAUAAUUUGGAUUUUUCUUCAGUAUUUGUGUAAACACACAUACUCCUACAUACAGAUACCAACUCGACAAACUCUACAUGAUGAGAUAAAGACAAUGAAACACUACUGAUCCAUAAAUCAAAAUCAUUGAUCAACUGCUAGUCAGUUGGUUGCAUUUUUAUUGGAUGCAUUUAUACUGACACACAAUUUAAUAUUUUCUGUGAUAUUUUGUUUGGUGUGGGUUUUAUUUUUUUAUUUGUCCAUUUAUUCAUUUAACAUUUAACAAUCUCCUAAAUUUUUAUUGAUUGUUAUUUUGGUAUAUUAACCAGCAAUGUAUUAUCUAAACUGAAUAUUUAUUUUAAUAUGUGAUUUGCAUUUUAACCAGUCUUAUUAUGGUUAGGCAUUGUCCAUUCGUCCGUCUGUAAACGUUUUGUUUCCCGGAGCAUAUCUUUCUUAUCAAUUCAUAUAGGAUCAUCAAACCUUGCAUGCAAGUACAACUUGGGAUGGUGGUGUGUUGUGUAUGAUAAUUAGGUCACCAUGACCUACUUUUCAUGCUUAAAUGCACAUUAAAGGAAAUCCUAUCCAGACCAUAUUUCCUUGUCAUUUCAUAUAGAAUCAUCAAACCUUACAUGCAAGUACAACUUGGGAUGGUGGUGUGUCAUGAACCAUAACUAGGUUACAGUGACCUACUUUUGAUGGGCAUAUCAUGUUCCUCACAUGUACUCUUGUUUAAAUAUACCAUGACUCAAGCUUUUAGAGUUUUAAUAUAGCAAAAUAAUUGCCUUGUGACAGUUACUUUAUUUUUUUAUUCAAAAGGAUUUUUCCAUACACAAGUACAUGUGAUAUUGGUUAUAUAACUUAGUUUUACGGGAUAUAAACAAGAAAAUAGUACUUUGGUUUUUAUUUUGAACUUAAAGCUAACAAUGUUUGGAUUGAGGAGCUAUAUUAAUUAACAAGGAGCAGGAUGGGCAGUUGAUAUUGUAGGAACCUAGAAUUAAAUUAUCUAAUAAUCUAAUAUGUUUAACACUCUUAAAUUAAAUUGUUUCUUGUCCAUAUAUUUUCUUUGCAUCUAUACAUUUUAUUAGUCUCAAAACAAAAGAAAACUUAAUGCGUAAGACACCUACAUGUAACUAUGCUGUCUUUGUGCAAAUUUUUUCAGUUCAUACCAAAAAAAAAAAUUGCUGCAAUUUUUACAUGACUUCGAGAUCUGGGGCCUAAUUCACAAAGCUCUCCUAGGCUGUGCUAGACAACAAAGCAUCCUCUUUGUAAGUCUUUUAGCGUUGCACUGCGAGAUCGCAAAGUUGCGAGAGUUUAGUAAAUAAGGCCUCUGGACUAAAACUGUUUUCUUCAAGGUAUACUGCUGAUCCGUCCAAAACGUAUUAUAAAAUGUAACUUUUGCUAUGGACGUGUACAUGUGAAAUAUCUAAAAACGAUCUGUGAUAAUAUAUAUAUAAUUCCAUUACUUUUUAUCUUUAUAAUUAUAUGCAUAUUAUUUACCUACUGGUACUUAUACAUUACUUGAUUUACACACGUGAAGAAUAUCAUUGCUUUACAAUACACAGAUUUGCUUAUUGCCUCAAUAUAAAAAAAUCUAUUUAGGAAACAUUUGUUUCCUUUGAAAAGCAUUAUUUUAUUAUAUCAGACCCAUUCUCACUUUACUAAUGCUGCAUUCCCCACGAAUAUUUUUAAGCAUUUAUAAUAGAUUAUCUAUUUCUUUUUUCACUGUCAUUUAUGUCUACUAUUCUUCAUUUUUAUUCAACAUCACCUGUCCUCAAACUAGUACAUAUUCCCAUUGGCUGUUGGGAUGUUCGAACCAGACUACUAUCCUUAGGGGAAUAUACAAUAAUUUGAGGACAGGUGAUGUAUUUAUAAAAGAGAAAAUACUCCAAGUUUUCUUCAAUUUCCUUUGGCUGUUAUCAGGUCUGUAUCACAUUUUAAAAAGUAGAUGUAUGAUAACAACACUCAAAUUUGUUGAUUGGUAAAACAAACAAGUUUAUUAAAAUUGUAAUUGUGCUUGUUUUGCAUUAGCAUGUGUUAUAAGGUGGGGAGGUGAGAUUGUAACUUCAAUCAAAAUGGAUAAUAUGGAACAGUAUUAAUUAACUAUUUUAAUAUUUAUUAUUGUUAUAAUUUCAAUUUCUGUUAAUGUGUGUUACAAUUCAGCACUUUAAUAUUUUGCCAGGUACUUUAUUUUCACAUUGACUUUAAUAUUAACACCAGGACAAGAUGCAUAAAUGUUAAAAGUUAUGUUUGCAUUUUAAUAUCAUUUCUGUGAGGGAUAUCUGCAUUUCGUUUGGGUUAAUCAUUACUUGUAAUUAUGCGACUUGUACAUGUAUUUAAAGUUUUGAAAGCUAUCGAUAGUUUAACAUGAGUUUUUCAAACCCAGGUUAAGUGUCUACACAAUGAAAAAUGCAGAGCUAAAAUUUAACUGGGUUAGUUUAACUCUGAAACUGUACAAGAGCUCCACUAUUACCUUGGUUAACUUUAGCUCCACUAGCUAAAAGCUGAUGGGGAAAUGGCAGGUGUGUGGCAUGGAUAGCUAUAAGAUACAAGUAUGUUGCGGUUUGAGAGACAAGGACUGGGAUGUAGAGGUGGACAGUGAAAGAAGUUGAAAGAUAGGAGUUGCCAUAUUGGGAAGAAAUGAGAUGGAAUUCAAGAGUAAAAGGGAAAGGAAACAGUGGGAUAAAAAAAACCCCAAAAAAACCCUUUAGCUCCACUUUUACAUGUCUGUUUAGACUAAAUAACCUGGGUUAAAUCAUGAUGUCUCAACUCUGCUAUAAAGGUUCCUUCAGUUCUUUGUUUACUUCACUUGUCAUAGAACACAAAAACCUAGCGAAAGCUAAAAAUCUAACAUUGAAAAAUAAAUAUUAUUAAAAAAGGAAGUAUAUAAAAAUAGGCUACAUAUGAAUGUAAAUGACUUUUGUCAGAAAUGGAAUAUUGCUAGUACGUCAUCAAUUUUUUUUUUUAAUUCUUUAUAGGCCAGAGACAAUAACCUGCAUUAUUUUAAUGUCGUAUAGAUGUAAUACAGAUUUAACACAGGUUAAAACAUGGCAUUUGGAGACACAUUUCAGUGAAAUAUUUAAUCUUGAGGGGAUACAUUUUCAAGUUUGUUUCCUAAAGAUGGCCAUUAAACAAACCAUCAUUUGUCUUGCCAUACUGUAACCAUGUUUUGCAAUUAAUAUUGAGUCCUCUCGGUUACCUAGUAAAUGUUGAAUGUGUGAACACUUCAACUUGUGAUCAGUUUAAAGAACUUAGAAAUUUCAAAUACAUAAGUAUUUUUCUAUACAUUGUGGGAAAUAUUUUUUUACUGAUCUAAGGUGAUGAGUUUAUGUACUAUGCUUUAUAUCUAAUGUUGUAACAUUCCUUUUGAUUACGUUUUAUAAUGGUAUUGUUAUGACAAAUACAAUUUUGUAUGUUUACAAGUCUAUUAAAUAUUUUUAUCCUG